UCCUGAAGGGAAACAGGCGGCAACUCCCGUCCAGUGGUCAGUCGAUCGGUCAGCGGCUGUGGGCGCCGGGCGUGCACACUCGAGUUUUUGAACCUCGGAAUUUUCGCGAUCCAGAAUCCCGUGCUUCAAAUUUGAAGUUGGGUUCAGCUUCCCGAUUCAGCGCGAUGGUAUACCAUUCCUCAUUCAAAGAAGAAGGACAGUACACACAAGCAUGCGGAUGCCCAUUGCUUCCCCUUAGAAGUCAUAUCAAGGGUCCAGCCCCAGUGCUGGAUUCGGCUGCAGUUGGAGUAGACAUUAUCGAUGAGGCUAUUAACUUCUUCAGAGCUAACGUUCUCUUUAGAAAGUUUGAGGUCAAAAGCGCUGCAGACAAGCUCUUGAUCUACUUGACUCUGUACAUAAACAUGGCUUUGAAAAGAAUCGAGGCGUGCAAGACAGAAGCAGAUGGUAUAAAAGCAAUUAUCAGUCUCGGUCUAGAGAAAUUCCCCAUACCAGGAGAAGGAGGUUUUCCUUUGGGCGGCCUCCUCACUCCCCCUCAGUCAAGAGAAGAAGCAGAGUUGUUUCGUAGCUAUUUGAAGCAAGCAAGGGAGGAAACCAGCGGUAGACUCAUAGAACGUGUUUACAGACCUAAUGGGAGGCCCAACAAAUGGUGGCUGGCAUUUGCGAAGAGGAAAUUCAUGAAUAUCAUGUUGCCACUUUGAGAUUACACAAUGAGUACAGGAAGGAGCACCCAAUCGACCAGGCCUGUUUGAAAUCUGCAUGGAGAGUGUCAUCAUGACAUCCUACCGAGCAUCACUCCCGUCAUCAUAGAGAAUUAAAACAGUUUCACACUUAGGAGUGCAUCUGUCAUUAGACCUGCCAUCUUCUUCCCUCGCAGAAUUUCCACGCCCGAAGUGUGUGCCCAAUGAAAAUUUGAUAUCCAGUGUAGAGGAUCAGGACUGCGAAUAGUUUCACAGGAGUGCUUUGAAUCAUUUCCAUUUCGACGUCCCGUCGAAGGGUCUGUUAUGGCUCAAAGCGGAUAGGUUCGUCGUCCAAAACUUUUGUAUCCACAGUAUCCGUGUUAUGUAGCUUGAUUAUGAAGCUAUUUACGGUGGUGAAUGCAUUUUCAGGCUAGAGUGUCAACUUUUGGGGGCUACAAGUCGUUGCUUUGUUCUCGUUGUGCGUGUAGAUUUGUAACUAGCAAUAAAGAAGGCAUUCUAUGCUGCCAUCUCUACUUUCGUGUCAAGAAGCUGGAGUUUCAGACUUUAAGGUUUGGAUCCGUUUGGAAUUCGAUUCUUGACAGUCCAUCUGAGCCUGGAUACGGAUGGUACUCGUGAUCAAAUACAAAGCUUUCUUCGAAGUUAUUUCUUAUGAGUAGAAAGUGAGAGACCCAGUAAUUUAGCAAAAAGGAUGGGAAGACCUCAUCUUGUCUUAUAGUAAUGAAACCAAAAGGAUAUUUAGGGACU